AUGGCGGUCAGAUGCACGUUCACAUUGACAGCAUCUGUGAGUGGAGGACAUUGUGCAGUGCUCGGGGUGGGAAACGAGUACAGUGAUCGGUCUACGCCUGUCCUCCUGAUAGUGUCGCUCGCGGGUAUCAAAGUAUGCAGUCCAGAUGGAAAAUGCGUGCAAAUGGCGCACGCGUUGAGGCGCAUCUCGUACGCAACCUGUGAACCUCAACACGCUCAAUUCAGCUUCCUCGCUCGAGAGCCUAGAGCCCACUUCAGCAUACAAUAUUGCCACUCUUUCAUCACCGAAUCUGCAGAACAGGCGGAGGAGCUAAACACCAUCGUCGGCAAUGCUUUUCGUAUGGCAUACGUGGCGCAACUUCAGCGUCAACCGAUUCUUCAAGAUGUGAUCUCACCUCAAUCGUCGCCAUCCUACCGCAAGGACAAACAAGAAAAUCGAUCUUCCUGGAACAAAUCGCUGGCUGGCGACACUUCGAUUGCCGGCGCGGAAAGCAUUUGCAGGAAUUCAUCUUCGAAUUCGUGGUUAAAAAGUCGGACGUCGCCCACGUCCAGAAGUGGAAGCGGCUCGUCUGCGGCGGACAUGAACGUGCAACUCGGCAGUGCCGGCUCGCCCACGCUGCGACUCGCCAGCGUGAAGGCACCAAAUUCGAUCCCGGGUCUACGGCCGACGCACAAUUUCACGAACGUCCUCGGUCCCAUAACGAACGAGGACGAACCAAAGAGUAUUUCUCAGCAAAGCACACCGAGCAGCGAUGAGAGCAACUCACCAACGGAACUAAAUUCGUACAAGAGACUAACGGAUAAACCGCCUCUGAUAAAGCGGCUGGCGAUGGGUUUGACAGGUGGACGUGAUGUUCUUGGACUGAACGGUGAGGAUGACAGCUGCCCCCUCGUCAGUGGUAGCAGCACACCAACGAGCCCAUCGAACAGGCCGCAUUCUGGGGGCUAUAUAAAUGAGGCGAUCAUUGACUCGGAGGGCACGAGGUCAGCCUACAAUAAGAUACCCCCGUCUGAAAGCCUGGAUAAUACUAUCAACGCCUCUAUCACCGCGAAAAACUUAAAUAUCGAAAAUAACAGGAUAGGGCACAACUCCCCGAGUUCGGGGACAGAAACAGAAUUUAAAUCGAAGAGAAGAUCUCAGAUUAGUACUUCGAGUAGUUCGGUACCCGCUGACGGAAGUACUCAUGGAUCGACACCAACUCCACCGCCCCUUCCGGAGAGAACGGAUAGCCUAAAUAACCGCAGCGAAGAAGCGGAAUUACGGAAAGCUCCUUGGUUUCAAGCUGGAAUACCAAGGGAAAUAACGUUGGAAGUGUUGAGUCAAGAACCGGAAGGAGCAUUCAUGGUGCGGGAAAGUACCAGUAAACCUGGAUGUUAUGCCCUUUCGCUUCGAGUGCCACGCGAAUUCCAACCAAGCGGAAUAGCCCAUUAUCUCAUAAUGCGUACUAACAAAGGCUACAAAAUUAAGGGCUUCACAAAGGAAUUCACAACCCUAACUGCUUUAAUUACUCACCACUCGGUGAUGCCAGAAUUACUGCCGUGCCCAUUAUCAUUAAGUCGAUACAACCCCAGCUUUGUGAAAAGCGAUUCUAACAAAGACUUCGCAGACAUCGAUUCGGAUCCCGAUUACAAUACCUUAGCCGACUUCCGUAAAAUGAUGGCUGACCUGAAUGUCUAGAAUAAAGCUCGCAGUUAGAUCGGGGGAAAAAAUCGAUACUUUCACCGAUGCUCUUUCAAAUCGAGCAACUAUAGUGAAUUCGUUCCGAGGGACGACGAGAAAUUGAAAUACGUUCUCCAACAUAGUACACCAAUUGACGUAAUACGAUUUUAGAAAAGGAAAAAACCUACAGAAUCAUCAAAGUAUAUUUUCACCUUGAAUUCCACGUCAUUUUAUGUAUACCGUGUACGUCGAUUAACUAAGGAAUUUCUUGAUAAUGCAUCGCGUAUUCGAGAGUGAAAAAAAUGCCGUACAUUCGGGCGGUGAUACGUAUUCAUAAGUCAUCGAUAGAAAUAAGACACUUAGGUAUAAGUAACUUAAUGAUCGCAACUAUUAACGGAAACAAGAGCGAAUCAAAAGUCAGAGGACGCGCAGCAGGGAAACCUAUUCCAUAUUCGUAGAUCAAUUCGCAGAGUUUGCGUUGAACAUGCGAAAACCUAGUGUGGAUUUAGCUGAAUUGAAUUGCUAAUAACACUGCCCAACUUGUAUUUUGUUUUGCAACAACCGGUAAGUGGUUCUUGCAGAUUUUCAUGCAUUUAUUGCGAACUUCUCUUUAUCAGUUGAGAAAUUUUAAUAAAAUCUAGUACGAACAGUUUUUAAUUAACUGUAAAAAUCACCAUUGCUUUUUGUAAAACACUCUCAAAUUAUACAUAUCAUAUAUUUUUAUAACAUCAACGUUCAAAUAUGUUUAAAAAAUCUUUAAAACGAGGGAUAUUUGCUAAUUUUUUGCAUAUUUUUUAUUUUAGAAAUAUCUAUAAAAUCUACGAGCCACCAAAACCUAUAAAACAGAUUUAGGUUUCAAUUUAGAAAAUAAGGUAGGUAUGAGACGUAACCUGAUCUGACCUAAUCUAACGUUCAAUCUGCCCCUCUUGCUCUUACUUAAACUUUAAACAAUUAUAUUGUGAAUAAAAAUUUCAGAUUCGUAAUCAAUGCAUGAAAAUUUUCAAAAAUCGCUCAUUUACUGUUGCAAAGCAUUAAAAAAGUUAAAAUUUGUUGCACAGUGCAAUUUAGUAGCGCGACCCGGUCUAGUAUUGAUAUAUCUUAACGCCAACUCUGUGAUCACUUUUGAAGAACAACUGUUUGCAGCAUUUUUCAUGAACUAGUAGCGUUUAAAUUGAAUGAAAGUUAUCUCAAGAACGAAAUAUAUUUUUCAAUGUUGCUACAAAUGAUUCUUGACUAGUUUCUGUUCGAAACGAUUUGAAUUUCAUUUAGGGGUCAAAGUUUGCGAAUGUUAAAUAGCAAUGAUUAAUUAGAAAUUAUAUUAUAUUAACAUGAAAUUUACCGGUGAAAUGUUGCCAGAAAAAUUUAGCGUACUAGUGUAUGAUUUUUCAGCAAUUUAGGUAUCAACUAUUUUUAGUUAAUUUGAUCGACUGUAAUAAAUGAAAAAGAUUUCUCGAGAUUUUACCGUUAUCACGCCGCUGAAUAGUGUUUUACAAAAUUAAUGUAAAUGUGUUUAUAUGUAUAUAAAUUAUAAUUAUUGUUAUACAAUACUACUUAUAUUUAAUUACACGAGAUCGACGGCAGCAUCGGGGAGAACUGCACCCACGAAACUCUAACCAGACAGGAAGCGAAGAAUUCCAUGGAAGUUAUAAUGAUAAGACGAAAAAAUAUAACCUUGCAGUGGUAAUUUAAUUACACGACUAAACUAGUCUUGUACAGAGUUUAUGUGCGCAUAGUGAAUAUUAAAGAAAAAGAAAAGAUUCGAAUAAAAAACAAAAUGUAUGAUCAUGUGUGUGUAUUAACAGAUGUUGAAGAACAAAACCGGAAACUGUGUGCCGUUUUUAUAUGCCCAAGAAUAUAAAAGUUUAAACAAACACCUACUUCUCAAAACUUGUACUUCUUGAACGAUAUGGACACAUUGAAUCAGAUUUAACGAGCGGCUAAAGUACCGUCGAUUUAUCCUACAAAGCAACACAGAUGAGACAGCUGGUGAUCGAUAAAUAAUGAAAUAGUAAUAUUUUAAUAAGAAGUUUACCCACGUUCGAAUAUCUGGUAUUAAAUUAAACAAGCAACACUCUCUAUCGUAUUAAGAUUUAUAUAUUAAAAGAAAAACGUGUUUCGCAUUCAUUUAUUUAAAUCAACCGGAAGUGUAAUAUGUACCGUAUAGACUUUGAAGGUGUAGAUGAAGCGAAGUUACAAAAACAUAAAUCGCUUAUUACUAUUUUCGAGAAAGACAGGGAUUCGCUAUAAUUUCAAUAAUUUACGAACAUUCGUUAUACCUCCGACAUCAAAAGCGAGGUACAGGAUAAUCUUUAUAUCAUCAAAUUGAUUAACGUCUGAUAAGGUAAAUAUGCAAAGAAAAUAAGUGGAAAUUAAUAAAUCAUUGUAAGCUACGCUAAGCGAGACAUUAAUCACUG